GGACGUCGAAGACCAAGGCAAGGCAAAGAUUCUUGCAGUCUGCCCUCGAGAAUGUUAAUUUCUUUGGUUGUGAUUUUGUGUGAAUGAUUGCAGAUAUUGACGGCCAAUGGAUACAUGUGCCCAUGUUCUUGGUUUGAUUGUGGCCUCGAACCAUUCCAUCCUGAAUCCCAGUAAAUGGUUGUGCUCUGAGUGUGGCACUACAGAGUGGGUCUGGGCAUGUCUCAGUUGCGAAAAUGUGGCCUGUGGUCGUAUGAACCAACAGCAUGCCCUACAACACUUUGAAACUUCUAAGCAUCCAAUUGCGAUUGAAGUAAAUGCCAAGUAUGUUUACUGCUAUGUUUGUGAUGAGUACGUUGUGGGGGACAACGCGGCAGGUGAUCUGGAGGCUCUGCGGUCUGCACUCACGGCCAUCGGUACCUUGUCUUUGGAGGAGUUGCAGCAGAGAGGAGGAAAACUGCUACGCUCUUACUCACAGACACAGGAGAUCUCUUGGAGCCAAUCAGAUGACAAUGAUCGCCUUGUCACAGCUGACUGCCAUUACAAAAAAAUUCUUCUGGCAAAGGCCUUUGCCUCUUGGCAGCAGUUCAUUGAUGCAAAGAAGAAAGAAAAGGCCACGCCCAGUACCUCGGUCAGUCCUCACCCUCCCAUGCUGACAAGAGCCGGGUCCACUCUGUUCCAUGUGAAGAAGCGAACUCUGAUCCCUGGAGUCACAGGCAUGCGGAACUUAGGCAACACCUGCUACAUCAACUCUAUCAUACAGGCUCUCGGACACCUGGAGGACUUCCGGGAGUUUUUCUGCCAGUUGGUGUUUGGUCUGUUUUCCCCGACGGGCACACCACUGCCUGGCACCUCCCCGUCCUCCCCCUCUCUAGGGCAAAAUGUCCCCAAACAGCUACUCAGGUUCAACACCGUCGACUACUUCCAGCAUCUGAGCUUGCUCCAGCCCAGACGAGCUACUCACAGCAAUAAAAGUACCAGCAGCAAUCAGGUGAAGGCAACGAAGAGCUCCAGUCCAAAGAAAUCUGGUGGUUUGAAUGGUGGAGGGAGCAACGACUACUCAGGUCUGAAGAUCGACAUCUGCUCAGAGGAUGCCGAGGAAAAGAUCAUCAAAGCAAAAGCAGAUGCUUUGAAGACUUUAUCCUUAUGUCAAGAACUUCACGGCCUACUGCGUGUCCUGUGGUCUGGCAAGUGGGCACAGGUCAGCCCCCAUGGCUUUCUACACGCUGUUUGGCGAGCCAUUCCAAUGUUCAAAGGUCAUUCUCAGCAUGAUGCUCAAGAGUUUUUAUGUGAGUUACUGGACAAGCUGUCUCGGGAGAUUGAAAAGUUGCCCCAGUGUGCUGGUUCAGAGAACAUUGUGGACCAGAAUUUCCGCGGAGAGCUGGUUAGCCAGGUGACGUGCUCCACAUGCAACAACACGUCAUCUCGCCACGAGCCUUUCCUGGAUCUGUCUCUGGAAUUUCCUCGUAGCUUCCAGUACACGGCUGGUCAGACGCGUCGGCACAUGUGCCACAUCACUGAGAUGCUGUCUACCUUCACCACCACUGAGGACCUAGAGCCGUCAAGCUAUGCGUGUGAAAAGUGCAACAGAAAGAGGAAGCGGAGGUCUCGUCAGCAGGAAGAAAUCAAGACAAACGCCCGAAAGCAGCUGCUGAUCAGUCAACCCCCAGAGAUUCUGCGACUUCACUUGAAGAGGUUCAGGUGGUGUGGCAGAAACCACAGAGAGAAGAUUGGCACCCAUGUUGCCUUUGAUGAAGAGCUGGACAUCACUCCGUUCUGCCAGUCCUGCCCGGAACUGUCUCAUUAUCGGCUGAAUGCAGUUGUGGUGCACCAUGGCGCUGGCUUUCGGGCGGGUCACUACACGACUUUUACCUACAAUGUUCAGGCUGAGUCGUGGGUGCACUGCAAUGAUUCACGUGUCCAGCUGGUUCCUUUGGAAGAUGUACUCAAGUCUCAGGCCUACAUCUUGUUCUACACGCGUCGUCUGCCGUGCCUCACUCUGGAUGACAUGCCUGUAUUGACGGCGGUGGAGAACAGCCCAGACUCUGGGUCCACACUAUCCACCAUUCCUGAUCUGGACAUUGGAACAAUGGAAACACUGAAGCAGCUGAGUCGAGGAGAGACGGAACAGAGCAUUGAUGAGGAGGUGUCCAUCAGUUUCCACCGUGACCCCACACUUAUACGACGACUUUCCUCUGGGAAGAUGGAACCCACCUUGAAAAGAGCAGCAACACUUCCAAACUCCAAGGAAGAACCAUCAAAGAAAAGCCCCAGAAAAGGAGGCAGUACCUUAUAGCAUUUGGUAUAAUUUUAGUAUGUUAGUGUUUUUGUUGUUGUUUGUUUGGUUUGUUGAUGUUUUUUUUGUAUAGGGGGGGGAGGGGAUCUAGAGGCAGCAGGAGCUACAACCAUGACUUCUGAUUGACAUCGAUUAUUCAAAAUUUUAUUUUGAAUUGGUAGAAUGUCCAUAUCCCGAAGUCAUGAUGUAGGAACAUUUGCAAUUUAGUUUCCUGACAUUUCACUGCAAUUUUUGUUCAUUUCAUCCCGUUUUAUAGCAUUGUGAUAGAAGUUUUUGUUGUUAUUACUUUCAAGUUUUUUUUGGGUUUUUUUUUUUAGAUUGACUCUUGUUGGAUAUUGUAAGAGUGAGAAUUUUUCUUUCUUUCUUAUUUUACCAACAGUAAUCCCAGUGAGAUCAAGUCAUUAUACCCUAACUCGCCCGAGAUCGCCCGCGAAUUCCCUUACACGCUCCACCCUAACUCGCCCGAGAUCGCCCGCGAAUUCCCUUACACGCUCCACCCUAACUCGCCCGGAACCACCUGCGCCGACCUGGCAUCUUUAGAAACAAAGUCUCGCCUUGACGAAACUCUGGGGCCGAGAUUUUGAUUUGCACAGUUAUUGCAAAAUGUUUCUUCUUCCGUUUGAUAUCGAAACGAAAUUGUUCGGGCCAGUUGUUUUAGUAUUAGAGCCGAUCGAAGUGCGAUCGUGUUACUGACACUUCGAAGGUGUCUCGACUUGUUGAAAAACGACACAAUUCAGUUUGAAAAAGGAAAUAACGAUCGCUUUGAGCAAAAA